UGAAGCGGUGGUGGAUGCACCGCCUGCGCGCUCUCCGACCAUUUCUGGUGUAGUCGGCGGCCCUGCUAGUCAUCCGGGUGGCGCAUUCGGGCCCUAAUACACGCCCUACCCACAAAAGGGCCCAUCCUUCUUCCCAACUACAACUCCUACCCUACCCUCUCGAACACAUCCAAUGCUCACUUCCCAUCAGAUUCAUACCAUAACUACACUCGUGUAUGACAUCGAAGCUGGCUUUCAGGAGCACGAACUUGCGACCGCUGACCGCCAACGCGCGCACGCAGAGUGCGUGGCAGACGCAGCGCACACCGUGCUACACAUGCUCCGGGAUGAUAUGUACAAUGCAGAACGUGCGGAAUACGAUGCGCUCUACGCGGCGCUCGAGGAUGCAGCGGUGCCAGGUCCGGCGGGAGCUGGAGCGGGGAGGCACAGGGAGGCUGCGAGGGCCAUGUGGCGUUUCGCUGUGCACGUAUACAACCGGCUCACGUCGCAUCGCACUGGGUUCUGGCAGCAUCACGCCCCAUAUUUGAAUGCGCCACAUACACAACCUCAGUCGCGCCCGACGCAUCCUCAAGCAGUGCGGCCGGGCCCUUCCGCGGUACCAGCAUGGAGUCACGCGUACUGGCCAUCGCGCUACGUGCCCGUGUUUAGCUGGGUGCCGGUGAUGUCGUGGUAUCCUGCAUGAUCGUGAUGACACAACAUGACCCUCGACAUUGGUCUCAAGAUGAUCGUGAAUCGUAGUACCUGUACAACAGCGUCCGUAAUCUAUAAUCGUGAAUCACAUUCUAAUAGCAUCUCUAAACCUGUGUUACACCAUCGCUGCCCCGUAUCCAAAAACCCAAAUCUUACACCACAGAACGAGGGACAAGGAACCCGGGCCCGUGCCGGGUUACCUCCGCUCAGAGCCCGAGUGGCUAAGCAAGAACGCGCGGAUGUUCAUAAAUGUAUACUGCAAACGCAAAGAGAAGUCAGUGGUCG